AGGAAACUGUUUUCUUUUGUCACAAGUACGCGAUUUUGUUGACGUGGUGAAUCUAAAAUGUCGCGUGUCGCUGUGGUCACCGGCUCCAAUAAAGGCAUUGGCUUUGGCAUCGUAAAGGAUUUGUGCUCGAAGUUCGAAGGGUCCGUCUACUUGACGUCCAGAGAUGAGCAGAGGGGGAAGGCAGCGAUUGCUGACCUCGAAAAGCUCGGUUUGAAGCCCAAGUAUCAUCAGUUGGACAUCACUGAUGACGCCAGCGUCUCUGCAUUGAAAGAUUAUCUUGUUCAAACGUACGGGGGACUCGAUGUUCUUGUAAACAACGCUGCUAUUGCUUUUAAAAAUGAUGCAACAGAACCUUUUAGUGUGCAAGCCAAGGAAACCUUGCAUAUCAAUUUUUUCAAAACAUUGGACUUCUGCGACGCCAUUUUUCCGAUUCUCCGACCUCAUGCCAGAGUGGUGAACGUAUCCAGCUCAGCUGGGUUUCUUGGCCGGGUUCCUGGAGAGGAGCUGAAGAAGAAAUUGGCGAAUCCGGACUUGACCAGAGAGGAUCUGAUUGCCGUCAUGAAGGACUUCGUGGAAUCUGCUGCCGAAGGAACUCAUCAGUCCAAGGGCUGGGGCAACAGUGCGUAUGCAGCCUCUAAAGUGGGAUUGAGUGCCCUUACACGUAUCCAACAGCGGGAAUUCAACGCAGAUACGCGUGAAGACUUGGUGAUAAACCACGUUCAUCCGGGUUACGUGGAUACUGAUAUGACUUCGCAUAAAGGACCCUUGCCUAUUGAAGAAGGUGCUGUGUCAUCGGUUUUUGCUGCGCUGAUUCCACCUGGUGCAGCUUCCCCGAAAGGCGAUUACAUUUGGUUCAAGAAAGAGAUCGUUGACUGGGUGAAUGGUCCUCUUCCAUCGCAGUAUUGAUUUUUUGGGUUUCAAGAACACCAUCAAUCAUUGGCAGGAGAAUUUUGGCUUUUCUCUGAAUGAGGGCUUUUGGAUACUUCACGUUCUGCUUAACUACAAAAGCUUUUCCAAUGUCAAGUGAUGCUCGGGAUUUGAUUUUUCGAACGCUUUCUGGAAUUUUGAAAGCAUUUUAUCGAUUUCAUUCAUUACAUGUAUCAGAAUGUCGUGCAACGUAUCGUGAUGAAUAUCUGUAAGGUGGCUGGACUCCGAGCUGAAUAAAGACCUGCAGAACUGAGGAUUA